UCGAGCUGUAUGAGAGAGCAGCUGGGGCGGGGGGCGCGCCUGAGUCGCGGGUCAGUGCUACGUGCGGUGCGGCGGGUUGUGUUGAGCCCUGGGGUGUUCUAGAACGCGGAUGCGCCCGGACGUUCCAGAACCCUGCGGCGUUCGGACGUUCGGCCCUAGAACCCCGGGACACCGACCUGCUGCCGUGAAACUGACGCUUCCGUGGGCUGCCCGAUCCGCUAUGCACCUUCGGCCCCCGGACAGAUAACCGGAGACGUGGACCGAGCCCCGCGCGCAGCACGUCUCCCCCACCCCGCCGAGUGCCGCCCCCGGCCGAAUAGCAUCAUGAUUGUUGCAGGCUCCGAUGGCUGCGGCUGCACGGACAUCAAGGGCUAUUUAUCCUGCGAGCAGUGUGGCGAUUUGAGGAAUAAAGAGGACAGAGGAAUAAAACUCCCUCGGCAGCUGGGAAGAGGCCCGAGUUCCUUUAUCCCUGUGGAGGAGAUCCUGCAGGAGGGCACGGAGAGGGCCCAGCGGCAGCUCUUCAUCGAGGCCUUCGUCUCCACAGGCAGGGUGGAUAACAUCACCAUGGUGAUGGGGCUGCACCCGGAGUACCUGGCCAGUUUCUGGAAGACACAGUACCUCCUGCUGCACCUGGAUGGCCCUCUGCCUUACCACAAGCGUCACUACAUUGCCAUCAUGGCAGCGGCCAGGCACCAGUGUUCCUACCUGGUUGGCUUCCACGUGGCGGAGUUUCUGAAGGUGGGUGGGAACCCCGGCUGGCUCCAAGGCCUGCACUGUGCCCCCCAGAAACUGAGGAACCUCAACGAAAUCAACAAGAUCCUGGCUCACCGGCCCUGGCUCAUCACCAAGGAGCACAUAGAGGCCCUCCUGAAGACGGGCGAGAACAGCUGGUCCCUGGCAGAGCUCAUCCAGGCCCUGGUGCUCCUCACGCACUACCACUCGCUUGCCUCCUUCGUGUUCGGCUGUGGCAUCAACCUGGAGACUGACCAGGAGAGCGGGCAUGCCUUCCAGCCACCUUCACCACGCAGCUGCGACAGCAGCCCUGCCUCCGAGGACGGAGUGAGCGGCUCCAGCGGCAAAGAUGCCAUGCAGGAGGUGGAGGUGCUGAUGGCGAGGAUGAAGCUGCUUCAGGAGUGCCAGCUGGAGGAGGAGGGGGUCACGCAGGAGGAGAUGGAAACCCGCUUCGAGCUGGAGAAGACGGAGAGCUUGCUCGUGGCCCCCUCAGUCGACGUUGCUGAGCACACGCUGCCUCCCAACGUCCUGCGCUUUGUGGAGGAUCCGGAGUUUGGGUACAAGGAUUUCACUAGGAAAGGAGAGCAGGCCCCACCCACCUUCCGAGCUCAGGAUUACUCCUGGGAAGACCAUGGCUACUCACUGAUUAACCGCCUGUACCCCGACAUGGGGCAGCUGCUGGACGAGAAGUUCCAGGUGGUCUAUAACCUCACCUACAACACCAUUGCCAUGCACAGCGGGGUGGACACCACCACGCUCCGCAGGGCCAUCUGGAAUUACGUUCACUGCGUCUUCGGCAUCAGAUACGACGACUAUGACUACGGGGAAGUGAACCAGCUCCUGGAGCGCAGCUUGAAAGUCUACAUCAAAACCGUGGCCUGCUACCCAGAGAAAGCCACCAAGCGGAUGUACACCCACUUCUGGAGACACUUCAAGCACUCGGAGAAGGUGCACGUGAACCUGCUCCUGCUGGAGGCCCGGAUGCAGGCGGCCCUGCUGUAUGCGCUGAGAGCCAUCACCCGGUACAUGACCUGAGGGGGCUGCGCUCCCCAUGCCCUGCCAGGGACGCACCUCGCUGCGGGGGAGCCUGGCUUCACCGACGUGGGUUUGGGAUCCGUCAGGAAAUACUCUGGGCCCUCUGGAGCGAUGGGCUGGGGGGGCUCCUCCCCCCUACUCUCCCCGGGGCCGUUAGACACCAGACAGCUCAGCCCCUUCCCUGUGUAAUGAAGAACCACCUCUGCCAUGCCCAGUGUUCCUGUGGAUGCUGCCUGGCAGGGCCGUCCUGGGGCCUGGCAUCCGGGCCACCAGCGAGGGCCAGGCUCCACAGCAGGACUCUUGCCGCUGCCCCGAAGCGGACGUGCCUUUAUAGUGUUAGCGUGUAACGAAAUCAGACUGAACUCCCUCCCUCGC